GCGCGUUUUACGCUAAAGAAUCUUUGUUUUAUCUCUGUGAUUUUUGGUGUCUAGCUGACUAAACGUCUUUCGAUUUCCCCUAGGAAUGGCGUCUGAUAAUACCUCAAGUAUCUGUGAUAUCCUAGGGACUCCAAAUGUGUCAAAAUUGUCAUCRAACGUUGAGGAAAUUGAGAAAACACAUCCAGACGCCCUGGAAGACUCCAAUACAGUUAGUGUGAAACCUAUACUCAAUCAAGAUACACCGCCUCCAUCAGAGAACUCAACCAUCAAGAGCUCACUGGAAAUCUCUGCAGUUCCGAAGCCAAAUAAUCUAUUUGAAAUACUUAUCAAGAAAGUAGAAUCGGUCAACAAUAGCACUUUAGAAGAAUCCUCUUGUACCACAGAAAGAACGAAAGAACAACGAUCUAUAGAUACAAAUAUCAAAACAACGACAGAAAUGAAUGGAACCUUGUCGAACGGCGAAGCAGGGUCGGAGAACCAUGAACAAGAAAAUGGAAUGCAAAGCAAUUUGAGUUCUCAUCGAUCAAUCUUCGAACAUCUACGAAAGAAUUUUCGAGUAUCCGAAGACAGUCCGCGAACAACACCCGAAGAAUCGUCGAGACAGUCGGAAACUUUACCAACCAGACCCAGUGACAAAGACGUCACGAGUUCCUUUGGUACAACGGUGAAUGAAUCGACUAGUCGAGAAACCGAUUUUGAUGGAGAGAAUACGUCCAGGUCGACAGUCAAAGCACAAAUGAAUUCCAUAUUGGUCGAAAAUAAUUCUAUUUCGACCUCAGAAUCCUGUAAUACCAACGAGAAUUGCCAAGAACUAAACCUAAACGAUGGCAAAGAUUUUCCAUUUACCAAAAGACUGAAGUGGAUUUCGCAGCGGUCACGUGAGGGAUCACCCUCGUUGCUACAGCAACAGCAAAUGCCAAUAGAGGUAGAGCAAGAAAAUGUGAUUACCAGUGUUAUUUCUUCGUCUUACGAUGACGAAACGGCAACGAAGAAAACAAAUGGAAUAUCAAUGGAUUCAACUCGCACAAGCGUGAUUAAAUCUGCUGUUGCUCCACACAGUCCUAAAGAACUCGGAUUCCAACCUCUUUUGAAUGAUAACCAGUCCACAACUUGUGGUUCGGUUUCAUUACGGUUACAUGAUGGGAAAACAGAAGUAACGCAAGUGUUACGAGGUAGUGAUAAUGUCAAGUCUCUGGAAACUGUUCGAACUCCUGCCAACGAUGUACAUUUUGUAUUGGAUUCCAGUCCUUCUAGAGUCUUAGAACUGAGUCGUUCUGUGACUUCCACGAAUGGUAACGUAAAAAUUCCUUCGGAAAACAGUCGUAAUUUGGUAACAGAAACAGGACAGUUCCAUGUUUUACCGGCUGAGAGUCGCAAGCAAGUUUACUCGGUUGUGCGGAGUCCGAGUUUGAAUGGCGGUUUUGUGAACGGUGUUGCUAGAACUACGGGAAAAAAAUUCAUAAACUUGAAUGAGCAGAAUCCACAGAUUUUUAACGACGAACAAAGAUUACCAAUUAAUGGAAAUUAUGUACCGCAGAGCACUGUGGAUCUGUCUUCCACGAUUUAUUCAAAAAGUCCCAUUCAUUCGAAAGCAUUCUCUCCAAUGUGGGAUCGAAGGAGUGUCGUGACGUCAUCGCUCCCUAUCCACAGGGUACCCGCAUCUGUACAACUCUGCUACGACAAUGGAUUUACUGCAACUUCUACUUUUGGUAGUCCCGUAUAUCACCCGAGGACUCGCGGAAGUCCCGUAGUAUAUGGGUCCCAGAACCAACUAUUUCAACCAUUACAAAUGCAACCAAGGCAAGAGAUGAAUUACUCUACCCGGUUUUACCAAAAUCCUGGAGUAACUGCCGUCAGUCAAAAUAUCCUGUACUCUUGUAACGAGUACAUCACUAAAUCCCCUCCCCCCUAUACGGUCAGUGAGCGAGUUUUUCGCCCGGUAUCACCCCAAUGGCCCCAGGUACUUUAUACCACUAACAUGUCUUCUGGUGCCAACUCUUUUGCGCAAGUCAUAAAAAGUGAGCCCACGAUCAGCGAUGAGGACAGAGACGAAUACUCUUAUGCAUGCGCACUACACGAAUCUGCCAACAGCCCGGACAUUGAACGAAUGCUUGGUUCUGAAUCACCAGAUAAAAAUAUUAGUACGGAAAAUUCUUCGUCAAGUAGCGAAAUUUCUUCAAAGGAAUCAAAAUACUCAAAGCUUAAACCAUCCAUCGAAUUCAUAUCGUCGCACGAACGAACAACAUCUCAUUCGACUAGUUCGACUAGUUCGGAAACGGCUCGAUACUCGAAGAGAGUUACCGAAUUUCCUCGGACAACAAGUCCGGGAUCUGCUCGUACUGAUAUAAGAUAUGGCGAUUCGUCUCCGAAGACCGAUUCGUUAACGAGUCGGUGUUGUGAGAAGGUCGUCAAAGCAACCAAAGAGGAUUCUUUAGAUUCUUGUAAAAAAGAAAAGAUCAAGAAUGAGCCAAAAGAAGAUGAAACCAAUUCUGCUAUUGAACAGCAAAAGAAGCGUAAAACAAACUUAAACGUAAUUCAUAAAAGACUAGAGCCCAAGCUUCCCUCGCCAGAGCGGGAGACUAGUUCGGGUGAUCUUUAUCGGGACCCCAGUAAACUUACCCGCGAGGAACGGGCGCUACAGCGCGCAAUGAUGCAGUUUAGUGAAAUGGAAAUGAAAGAGAAGGUUGCGCCAGCUUUGCCGAAAAAGAAGCGAGUCAAGAAAAACAAGACGAAUAAAAAUAAGAACGUCGAAACAAAUCCAGUAGAACGAAAAGGAAAACUAGCAUCGUCAACUUGGUUACUUAAUGUCAAAAGAAAGCAACGCAACUGGCUUGCCAACCGCGAGUCGAAGUUGAAGAAGUCGAAAGAAGAACCUUCAGAUUCUGUUAAGAAGCCCAGUGAAGAUAGUCCAGGUGUAAAAGUGGAGCCCCAAUUGUCAAUCUGUGUUCAAACCGAGCAGAACAAAAAGACGCUGAUCAAAAAACGAAAGAGAAAUGACGACCAAAACCAUAAAAACACGUCAAGGAAACACAGAGAAUUCCCGAAGGAAAGGAAGACAAAUCAAUCCGAAAAGGUCUUCAAAGAAACCAUAGAAGUCUCGACAAACCCUGGUGAGCCACAUCUUGAUACUCCAACAGACGAUCCACCUAAGAAAAAAAAGAAAAAAAUCAAGAAGUUAAUCAAAAAAAGAAGAGAAAACGAAGAACACGACAGCACCACACAACUUACUAGUAAAAAUCACGUGGUGGACACAGAUACCCUCACUAGUGGGAAUUCGAAUAUGUUACAACCAACUACCAACAGUAGAAAGAGAUCAUUGGAUUCGUCGAUAGAGCGAUCACAUCGCGUCAAGACUUACAUGCUCGUACCUUCCUAUCAGGGUUUCAAGGAUUUUCAACCAAUCGUGAUAAAGUCAAGAACGAGAAAUAAAAGGAAUGUACAACCUGAUGAGACAGCCAAGUCGAGCGAGAAACCAAACGUUCCCCUGCUCGUCGUCGAGAGUGUUAAUUCCAAACCUGUUAAGGAGAUGGUUGUUGCUGAAACCGAAGAGGUCCAGCGACUAGUGACUGAGUGUUUACGAAUGCACGGUAAAUGGCAUGGUGACGAACUAGAGCAGGCUUUGAAACGAGAAGAGACAAGACUAAAUGAAGAAGAAAACAAACAUAGGGAUACUAAACGGUUGUCAGUAAACAGAACUACAGGAGAAACAAUACUACACAAAGCUGCCCGACUCGGAUACGAUGAGGUAGUAAAGCAAUGUAUACUGCGAGGCGCGGAUCCUAAUGCUAGAGAUAAUGCUGGGUGGACGCCCCUGCACGAGGCAUGCGCACGAGGGAAACUGGCUGUCGUUAGAGUUCUGGCUCGAUAUGGCGCUAAUGUGAACGCAGCUUCAAAUGAUGGAAUAAGGCCAAUUCACGACGCGGCUGAAGCUGGUCACGUGAACGUCAUCCGGGUACUUCUGUCGUACGGAGCUGAUCCAAUGCUUGCAACGUAUGCUGGGAAUAAUGCACUCGCUUGUGCGAAGGAGCCGAAAACGAAAAAAUUCUUAAGAGAUUAUUGUAUUGAUGUUGGGCUUGAAAAUCCAAUUAACAUAGAAGACAAAACAGAUGGAUGGGAAUUUUCUUGUUCUACUAGGCUGUCAGAUGCUUCUGAGUUUCCUGAUCGCGUGUCUGGUAUCUGGGAAGACAUUCCUGAUUGUUCGGACUCGUUUGUACCUGAGUUUGAAGUCAGCGAUAAACCUCAUCUCACAACUUAUAAUUUACCUGUUUUAAAAGAUGAUGUAGUUGUAGGGCGGCGAAACUACAUACUAGUCCAAGAGUUCUAUGACAGCGGACUCGUGGCCAAAACAACGAUCCAAAAGAAAAUAAAGAACAUUGAGACUCUAAAAAUGCCUUGGUCGCGAUUCUUGGACAUCAUAUCAGAGAACCACCUGGGCGUUAAACCUUCGUAUUCCCCUGAAGGAAGCAGCAAGGACGAACCAACAGCAGAACUUAUACCUUUGAACUAUACCAUAAGGAGGCUAUUAGGAAUUCGUAUUGAAAGAUGUAGAUAAUGAUUCACCAUGUGGGCUCCCUGUGUUGCCAGAGACACCUGGCUGUCAAUACUGUGAGUCUUGGCGUAGGAUUCUUGUGGUUUCCCACACCAAGAAUCUUAAUACACUUCGUGGAGUCCCUGAUAGACACGUCUGUAAACAGGGUGACUUUGUGGAGUCCCUGUGUUAUAUUGAUAGAUAAUCAUGUUAUGGGAUCCCUGUGUAAUAUUCGUUUUCAAACGUUGAAGCCAAACAUCUAUACAAAACAUACAAUUACUUUCAGAAAAUUAUGUAUUCCGGCGAUGAACGUCCUUCCUCUUCCCUGCUGAGGUAACUAAAAAAAUUAAAAACGUAAUAUCUUUCUCCAAAAUUUGAGCCAGGGUUUCUUUUGGUCCCCGCAAAGAAAAGUAGAAGCUCUCGAAUCUGAUUGGGUAUUCAAACGACAGACCAAUAGGAAUACAGGCUACUUAAUUAUUUCCCCAGUCAUUAGGUAUUGCUAGAACACAGGCUGAGAAAGAGGAAAGAAAAACUUCAAUGAUUCAAAAAAUUUGUCCUUUUUUCUUCGCCCGUGUUCUAAUAAAAACCCUUGAAAUCGGAAAUUGGAAAUUUGGAUGAAAGUAAAAAAAAAAAAUAAUAAUCUAAGAAAUACCGAGCACAAUAAAAUCUCGGGUUAGUAUUUAAGUAGCUACUGCCCAUUUUAUAAUUAAAGCUUCCAUUUUGUUUAAAAGGAGUAUAUUUAUAUAUUUUUUAACAAGUAAAUGCAAGAAAUAACGUACAAGAUAAUAUUUCUCAUAUGCGAAGGGAAAAGCAAUUAAAGAUGUUUGAGGAUGUGUUUUA